AAAUGAAGAGAAAGAAACUUACCUUAGCAAGAUGAAGUCGCCGGCGUCGGUAUUGAGGAGAUGAUGCUAUUGUCAUGUCUCUGAUGAGUGGAGGAAGGCAAAUUGGGUGAGGAGGAAGGGAAGUGGGUGUAACUUGUGGUGGUGACGGCUGGGUGUGAAAGGAAGAAUUAGGAAUUAGGGCUGAAUUAGGACAAAUGCGGUUUUCUGUUGGGGCGAAAUCGCCGCCAACUCUAUAUUAUAAACGCCCAAACCAUUAGGAUAAGAGAGAGAGAUAAGCAACUGAGAGAAGUCAGUGAUUUCAGUUCAGGGAAGAAGUCUAGCCCAAUGGAACUGGAGGCUACUUUUAGGGUAUCUGGUAUCAAUUGCCAGGCGGCGCCAUAUUACAAUCCAAUCUGCAAUUAUGGAACCUUAAACCUCCGUUUUCCCUACCAUCACCGUCUUCCUCACCUCUCAAAUGCUUCGUUUUACACUCUCAGUAACCGCUACUGCAAAGCCAGUGCAAAAGAGAGCAGUACUGAAGCUGUAGAAAAAGGAAGGAAGAUGUCUGGUGAUGAUUCACAUGAUUUGGAGCUCGUAAGCUUAACGGCUUUGUGUCCUCUUGAUGGUCGUUAUUGGGCAAAGGUCAAGGAGCUAGCUGCUUAUGUGGGCGAAUAUGGUUUAAUUCGCUUUCGGGUUUUAGUUGAGGUGAAAUGGUUGUCAAAACUUUCUCAAAUUCCUGAAAUUCCUGAGGUUCCAAGAUUCUCUAAAGAUGCUGAGACUUAUCUGCAAGGCUUGAUUGAUGGAUUUAGCUUAGAUGAUGCCAUGGAAGUCAAGAAAAUUGAGAAAGUGACUAACCAUGAUGUCAAGGCAGUGGAAUACUUUUUGAAGCAAAGGUGCCAGUCACACCCAGAGAUAGGAAAGGUGCUCGAGUUUUUCCACUUUGCCUGUACAUCUGAAGACAUUAACAAUCUUGCUCAUGCACUUAUGCUGAAAGAAGCUCUUUUUAUGGUGAUAUUACCUGCUAUGGAUGAAGUGAUUUCAGCCAUAAGUGACAUCGCUAUAGAAAAUGCUCACGUUCCUAUGCUUUCUCGCACCCAUGGGCAGCCAGCUUCACCUACAACCUUGGGAAAGGAAAUGGCAAUUUUUGCAUUCAGGUUAAGUCAAGAAAAGCAGGAUACUUCAAAAAUUAAAAUACUUGGGAAGUUUGCUGGUGCUGUUGGAAACUAUAAUGCACAUCUUGUGGCGUAUCCUGAUAUCAACUGGCCGCAAGUUGCAGAGGAAUUUGUGGCAUCUCUUGGAAUUGAUUUCAAUCCCUAUGUGCCUCAAAUUGAACCUCAUGACUACAUGGCCAAACUUUUUCAUUCUAUAAUCCAGUUUAACAACAUUCUAGUUGAUUUUGAUAGAGACAUCUGGGGAUAUUUCUCUUUAGGUUACUUCAAGCAGAUAACUAAAGCUGGUGAGAUUGGAUCUUCUACAAUGCCUCACAAGGUUAACCCAAUUGAUUUUGAAAAUAGCGAAGGAAAUCUUGGAGUGGCUAAUGGAGAUUUGUCCCAUUUAAGCAUGAAGUUACCUAUUUCACGUUGGCAGAGGGACUUGACUGAUUCUACUGUUUUGAGAAACAUGGGUGUGGGUUUAGGACACUCUCUUCUAGCCUACAAGAAUACAUUAACGGGCAUUGGAAAGCUUCAGGUCAACGAAGCUUCCUUGAGUGAAGACUUGAACCGCACGUGGGAGGUGCUUGCUGAACCAAUACAAACUGUCAUGCGAAGAUAUGGUGUACCAGAGCCUUAUGAAAAACUAAAGGAGCUAACAAGAGGAAAAGCGGUGACCCAAGAGAGCAUGAGAGAAUUUAUUAAGAAUCUGGAUAUACCAGGAGAUGCAAUGAUGACGCUUUUGAAUUUAACACCCCAAACUUAUGUUGGAGCAGCGGCUGAAUUGGCAAAAAACAUAAAGACAGCCAUAAAUUUAGUGAAUGGAACUAGGGUCUUAUAGGUUAAGGAGUGUGCAAGUCAGGUGAAAUAUAGUGCUGAUUUGCUUCGACUUCAUUGAGAGCUUGAGUUGUGAGAACUUGCUUCAUAUGGACAGAGGAAAACACAUUUGCAUUUCUCAUUUCUACUAGUCAGAUCGAGGGACCACUUAGCACUUUUCUUGAAAUUUAGGCACAAAUGUUGCGAAACAGCAUUUUUUUUUCUUCCCCCAAUAUGCAUUUACCUGAGAUGUGGGCAUUCUUUUGUAUUCUGAUCGAGUUUCUUGGAUCCCUCGAAAAGAGAAUUGUACGUGGUUGCCGAUUGGGAAUGCCUA